AUGGAGUGGGCUGCUCUGUUCGCUUUCUACACGCUGAACUUGGCAGCUUGGUAUGUCGCCGAACAGUCGGCAUACUGGCCACUAUUGGGGCUGAUGCGUUGCUGGGCGGCAUUCCUGGGAUGGUACACGUGGGAUGCUCUGUGGUGUUGGAAGGCUUCCUUUGAGCACCGCCUGGACCGCGGUAAGCAUGGCAGUCCAUCCAACAAGCGCCGCCCAGAUCUCGCUUCCUUUGAGUCCCGCCUGGACUGCGGCAAGAUCGGCAGUCCAUCCAACCAGCGCCGCCCAGAUCUCCACCAAGCUUGGUCAGAGUUGGGGCUUGGCAUCUCAACCUCCUCGCUUUCCACUUGCACCUCUGAUGGCUCGAGGCCACGUCGGCGGGGCUCUGCAAGUAAGCAGCUUCCAGGCCUUCAAGGCACCUUGGACGAUGACGUGGCGACCCACCUCGACUUGGACCACGUCCGGCUGUCCUUUGAGUCCUUCUUAUGGGGUCGGAUCUAUGUCGGAUUGGGAGCGUGGGCCAACAUGAUCUUCGGUGCCAAGGACACGCCUGGGGCGCUGCGCUUUGGAGUGUGGCACUUGCUCCACCGCUUAGGCUGGCCCCGCACUGUGAGGGAUCCUCGCCGAACAUGUGCGGAACUACUUUUGCAGACAAGUUUGGCAAUCUACUUGCAAGAGCUCCGAAGCAUUGAUGGAUGCAAGGGUGCUACAGGUGCUACAGGUGCUACUGCUACGUUCCGGAUCCCAGCAGUUCCCCAUCUGGUUGAGCCAGGAAGAAUGGAGCAGAAGAGCUUGGAGGUAAAGGUAGACCUCAGGAAGAGACGGCUGGUGACUGCUACCUAUGGUGACGACAGGCUUCGUCCAGACGAGGCCAUGGUCUUGCUGAACAUUGCUUGUUCUUUCAUGAUUCACCCUAUGCUUCACGCCUUUGCGAACUGGUCCACCACGCCAGAAAGCCCGAACAAAGAAACCAGACGCAGUUCCAUAGCCACCAUCCUUUUCAACUACUAUGGUAUGAAUGCCUUCGCACAUUGGUGUGACUUCGUCUGUUCACUUGGGAUGGGCCAAGUAAGUGGAGAGACUUUCAAGGCCAUGGUCAGCUGUGGAAUGCGCCAGCAUGUGCCACCGCACGACAAGGUGUCGUUGUUGAGUGACCACAGCCGCUUCGUGAGAUUUGUCGUGAAGGUCCGCAGGUUUUUCCUGAGCAGAUUCAGCCAGUACCAAGCAGAUUUCCCGGGCAUCGAUGGCGAGGCGCUCUUCUUGGCGACUGUGGUGCAUCCGUUGGACCACUUUAGCUUGGUGACGCUCCAGAGCGCACAUGACAUGGUCUGUGUCAAUCCAGAAUUCCACUCAGACCUUGAACUCAUCCGGUCGACAGUCGUCAUGUGCUCGGACAAGCUUUGGCUCACUUACCUGCUUCACGACUUCAGCUUUGAGGGAUCCUCAUAUGUGCUUUUCAGGUCAACCUACGACUAUGCAAAAACCAUUGAUGCGAAGCUGGCUGGGGAGAUGGAGUGCUGCGUGAUGCGCUGA